AUGAAGAAAGCUGAACUGGAAAAAGAAUUGGGAGGACUGAAAAUAUCACGAGAGCAAUCUGAACGUCGAAUGUUGAAGGCUGAGGAACGACUGCAGGAAUUACUUCAAGGACAAGGAUCGGCAGAGCAGGAAGCACAAAAAGUGACGCAAGCACGCAAAGAUUUAGAGGAUGUUAGAAAGAGGCUGGACGCCGCCCAAACCGAAAAUUUGGCAUUAGCAGCAAAAAUAGAUUUUAUUACGUCUGAGAAGACAGCUUUGGAAGGGGAUCUUCAUGACUUACUGGUGCAGAAAGAAGAGCUGGAUUUGCGGAUAGUAAAUUUAGAAACUGAUGGCGAACGAUAUCGCAAUCAAGUAAAAACGGAUGCCAAUACAGCUUUAUUUGAUUUAUUACUGAAUGCUAUAUCGGAAGCGGAAUCCAUUUUACAUCAUGCGAUGCACGCUAUCGAUAAUCCAGCCAUAUCGGCAUUAACCUGUACGCCCGACUAUCUCGAAAACUUAUUGGAGCCGACAGAAAAAUCGUUAAACGAUUUAGAGGAGGCUUACAACAAUUAUAUAUCCGAUACAACGAAGGGAAAAGCGCUGAUUCGCACCGCUAUACACAGCGCAUACUUCCUGGCUCUCUAUUUAAUAUAUGCGAAAUCCACUUCGAACACAUCGACGGAUAUCGGUUUAGCCGAUCGAUUUGCCGACGAGUGCAAACAAUUAGGUUCGCAAGGUUUAAUUAUAUUGAGUUAUAUUAAAGAAAAAUCCUCGAUGACUGUAGUACAAAUUGCAAAUGUCAAAAGUCAAUUACAAAAGAUUUCGUCUCUUAUAAAUGCAUUAUCGACUACUCAAAACAACGUGGAAAUUAUUGGAAGCUUAGUGGAAAAUGAGUUGCAGAGUAUGGAUAAAGCUAUAGAAGAAGCAGUUGCAAGAAUACAGAACUAA